GCACUAUAUUUAAUAUACCCCUACUUAGCGUUUGAUGUCAUUUAGCUUAAUGAAAAUGGCUAUAUAUGCUGCUGCGUAUAGAUCGAAAGUUAUUGAUUCUGUUCUGUCUGUCAAUUUAUUCAACUCUGCUGUCUGCCGAAGCUAACGAACUGGAAAAAGCCAGCAUGAAGGUUUAUUGUAACGAACAGGUGCCCUACGGAACACCCACACCCAUCGUCAUAAGCAUGAAGGUGCUACCAAUCAAGACCACAAUCACAGUGAGUCUAAGUACUCCCACCUAUUUGUUGGCCUUCUUCGAGGUUGGAAAUGAGUCUGGAAAGAUGCCACCCAAAUGGAAAAGAACCUCAUCUCUCAGCAAAGAGCUUUCAGUGCUGGGAAUUAGAAAAAGGCCAGAUAAAUGGCACUAUGAAGAGGGAUUCUGGACAAAUUUAAUUGGAAUAUUUUGGACGGCAAGCGAUAAGUUUCUCACUUUGCUUGGCCGCUCGGAAUGGCUUUCCAAAAAACACGAAGUCAAGGAAAUGGUUGAGAUUAUAGUAAAUCUUCCGCUGCCUUGCGCUCCACAACUAUCCAUACCCGAGUGUUCUUUGCCGGAACCUCCUCGAAAGAUACUGAUUACAAGGGGUUUCUAUGUGAGGGCAAUAUUUCUAGAGAAGUGCAAUCUGACGAUUGAGGGAGGAGUUUAUAAUUGGAGUCUCAGGGAUGCUGCGGGGUUGUCACAGUUUGCAUCAUAUUCCACGGAUCGACCACUCCUCAAAGUACGACAAUACUCCUGGAGAUUUCCAGCCUCUCAGGAUCUGUUGAGGGACUUUUAUCUUUUACAAGUCGAGAGAAGGGUGGAAGGUUCAACUUACGCAGCUCGAUGUUACCUAAAAGUCGAAAUGGGGCACGUGGAAGCUGUGAUUUCUGGAGGUAGACAUAGGAGAUUCAGCUAUAAAGAUAUACUUUGGAUGAAUGGGUCCAUGAGUUACGAUUUCUCGAGGAGUCCUGCGGAAAAACAGUUUUCUAUAUAUCUUUGGAACUGCGAGUCACACGAUGAUAAAGAUAAUCAAUUUUGUCGCGACAACAUAUCGUCGGAGGCUGCCUUUAGUAUCCCUGCGAAUACCCUAAAGAAAGGAUUUACAUACGUCUUUCAAUUGCAAGUAUCCAGGGAUCACAAUCCAAAGAUAUCAUCGCAAAUAUAUCAAAAUGUCACCAUUGUUGCUCGCAGGGUACUUCAUGUGAAAAUCAAAUGUCUAAAGAAUUGCAGGAGGGACUUCUACACUCCGAAUUCCCAAGUCCAUCUGAUGGGAAUAUGUGCCAACUGUGGAACAGUGAAUGCAGUUCGCCGAUGGUCCAUAGAUGGCCAGAGGAUGUUCAGCAGCAAGGAAAUAACAAUACAUAUCCGGGCGGAGACCAACAGCACCCAGAUUAAGCUGUCGAUGUUAGCGGAAGAUGGGCGUUAUGGCAGAGAUAUUAAAACCCUGGUUAGGAACACUGGACCCACCGGAGGAAUGUGUUCAAUGAGUCCCAGGGAAGGACAAGAGGCUAUCACCCCCUUUGUGCCAUGUUGCCAGGAGUUUGUCACCGAGAACCAACCAAUUGAAUAUUGGUACUACGUUGGGGCAGUACUUAUCGAGAGUUGUGUGGAUUGCGGCUGCGAGAUUCGCUUGCCUGCCACGAAUUUCCUGCAUGUCCUGGUCUGCGAUGCCCUCUUUCUUUGCCACUCCAGUUGGAUAAAAGUCAAGGUGGCUCCUCUGGUGGGAAUACCGACUCAUCCGACGACUUUGCAGCAAUAUUUGAUCAGUCCGCCGAACAGUAUUCUCAGGCUCUUGAAAGAGAGACAAAUCUCGAGCUAUUUGCAGGUCGUAAAUGCUAUCGCCUCACGCAUCAGUCUUCCCGAAUCUGGAAUUACUCUACUAAAUGGCUUCAGGGAUAUACAGCCAUACACUCGAAGUUCCCUCAGUAAACUGGCAAACUUAACCCAGACAUUAGCUCAUCGUUUACCCACCUCCAAUCCAAAAACCCAAGCCUUGCUAAUCAUGGUAGUUAGAAAACUGACCGAUAACUUCCAAGAGGUAAUCAGCAACGAGGAUGCCAUGGAUAUGACCCAGCUUCCACUUUUAUAUAUAACUCUGGCCUGCCAAAAGGUCUAUCAAUUAAUGCACGAAAUCGCUGAGAAAAUUCCCCGACCUCCGUCCUCCAUUUACGAUCGGUAUCAGCAGGCCCUCUUUCGCGGAUCCCUGGACCAGAACCUUGUGGAUAAGCUAUAUUCGGAAAUGUCAGCAACGAGAACUAUGCCAUGGAAUUGGAUAAAUUAUACUUUUGAAACGGAUCGUUUAAAAAGUUUAAUGAAAGUCUUUCGACCCAAGAUGACACAGUUUAAGGAGAGGGGACCACCGCCCAAGGUUGCAGUGCAGGUUCAGUGCCUUAAAGGUCUACCAAAGGGUGCACUGUUAGUCAAUACAACCGAUAGUUUGCAUAGAGUGCUGCUUACAAAGGACCUUUUUAAGGAAAUAUUGGGCGACCAAAACCCGGACAUCUGUUUCAAGUUGGUCUCCAUUCAGCGGACUCUAAACUGGUGGUAUCCAGAUGAGAAAAGGCCGACUUCUCGUAUGCUAUCGGUGAGAAUUUUCAGGAAAAAAGAGAAGAAUACGUUUAACAAUGAGAUUAACCUCGUGAAUAGUUAUCUUAAGUAUAGUGUGAAUAUGACUAUUCCCUCCAUGAGAGCACCGAAUGACAGAUCCCUAAUGGACAACCACUGGAGACAGUUCGGAGCUGUGGCCCGGAAUGCUCCACAAGAGAUUCAUGCCGGAAAGUACAUCCGUAUUAUAAGGCAUGGACGGCUUAAAUCACUACAAGCCGUGCGAUUAUAUCGAAUCAUGCUGGACGAGCAGACGGUGAUGGCCGUACAUUUCAUAAAAAGCACCCACAAACUGCAAGUCAAGCUGAAGCUCGAGAUAAAGCCAUUAUGGCGGGAGAUAUCCGACUCCUGGUGUGGUGUGCCAGCGUUGACCACAAACAAGACACUUCUGUUACGGAACAACUGUCGUCAACCGAAACGUGCCUACAUGGCGUUGCGUGUGUGGUCCAAUAUCCCCAUCAGGAACAGUCCAAACACACCUCUACCCGGCGGUCCGGCGGCAUAUACCUUUGCCUUUCAGGUCCGCUCGUGUGCAUCGUGGAUAUAUAGCCUUCCACGUGACGAGCAGGUAUGGACCCACAGCGGCUGUGUCCCCAUUAUGGACAUCAAUGUGACCAAGGAGUUGCAAUGCGCCUGCGCUGUCCUGGGAACUUAUACGAGUUACGUGUACUACACACCUCCCAUAAGGGUUUCAGUCGGUACAUUCACGAAGCCUCGCUUAAAUAAGAAAAUUAUUUAUAUAUACCUGGCACUGAUCAUAUUUCUUCUACUCGUCAUGUAUUGGCUAUUUCGCUACAGAAAUGAUCCUCCCGCCAAGACCGUAUUCAUUCGAAUGGCCGACGACGACGAUGUCAAGGAUGAUGAGCUCCAUGAUUUUUUGAUAAAGUUCAACACCGGCGGACGGGUAAACAGUCUGACCACAGCCUCCAUAACCUUAGUAUUACUAACUACAGACCAAACGAAGCGAAAGGUGAGGGUGCGGCAGGAUCCGGAUCGUAGCUUCUUUACGCGAAAUUCAACAUUUAAUGUGUGGCUGCGAUCGAGGGAGAUUCGAAUACCCACCAAAUUGAUGAUCUACCAUGACAACGCCGGACGAUAUCCCAGUUGGUUUCUGCGAAGCAUCGCGGUGAAUGACAUUCAGACCCGCGAGACGCAGAUCUUUAUUGUCAGACAAUGGAUUACCGACAAGGUACUGAUCCUGCAAUCUCCACAUUUAUUCCGAUGGGGUGAUAUCCUCUCGCUAGAGACCUGGUGUAGGCGCUUCAGACUCCACUUGGAGAUGCUUUUCAUCAACUGGUUACUGUGGCAGCCGGUGACUGGAAGCUGGAGGGAAAACAGUCACUUCCAAAGCCUCUCCCGGGCCAAGCGAUUUUGUGUUUUCGUUAGCAAGCUCAUCCUUGUCUACACGUGCUGCGCCAUCUAUUUUCGGAAUACCACCAUAGAGUCCCUUCAGCUCGACCGCGAAAUGUUUCUUAGCUACAAAGAAAUGAUAGCUCUAGUGAUCUGUGUUACAGCCGCGGAUGCUGGCUUUCAGCUUAUAUUUAAACUCAUUGGGAAGCAUGUGAGUUAG